UUGUUCUCUUGAUUCCUUUAGGGGGAAACAAACAAUGCCAUGAGAAUUCUCGAGCAGCCCAUAUGGAGAGGAGCUGAGGCCUCCUAUCAAGAGCUAGUGCCAAUUAACCAGCCAGGCUUCCAUCUGAGUGGAACAGUCACUGAGCCAGCUACUGCCUCUGAACCAGCAGUAACAUACAAAGUUGCAAUCAGUUUUGAUCGAUGCAAAAUCACUUCAGUGACAUGUGGCUGUGGGAACAAGGACAUAUUCUACUGUGCUCAUGUGGUAGCACUCUCACUCUACAGGAUCCGUAAACCAGACCAAGUCAAAUUGCGUGAUCUCAGAAACCCUUUUCCAGAUGAAUAGAGACCAGCUACAAAAGUUUAUUCAAUAUUUAAUCACUGCACACCACACUGAAGUUCUUCCUACUGCACAGAAACUGGCAGAUGAGAUUCUGUCCUCCAACUCAGAAAUCAACCAAGUGAAUGGAGCCCCUGACCCCACAGCUGGAGCCAGCAUUGAUGAUGAGAACUGUUGGCAUCUGGAUGAAGAACAAGUAAAAGAACAAGUGAAGCUCUUUCUCUCCCAGGGGGGUUACUAUGGCUCUGGAAAGCAGCUCAACUCAAUGUUUGCCAAGGUACGAGAGAUGCUACGGAUGAGAGAUUCCAAUGGAGCCAGGAUGCUGACACUUAUAACUGAGCAGUUUAUGGCUGACCCUCGUCUCACACUCUGGAGGCAGCAAGGAACAAGCAUGACAGACAAGUGCAGGCAACUCUGGGAUGAGCUGGGGGCUCUAUGGGUGUGCAUAAUUUUAAAUCCACACUGCAAACUGGAAGAAAAAUCGUGUUGGCUUCAGCAACUGCAGAAGUGGAGCGACCUGGACCUCUGUCCCCUGGAGGAUGGGAACUAUGGGCAUGAGCUGCCCAAUAUCACCAGUGCUCUGCCCCAGAGUGCCAGUCACAGCCCAGACUCCUUAUCCAGACCAAGACGAACAGUGUUCACUAGAGCCAUUGAGGGCCGUGAAUUACAUUGGCAGGACAGCCACCUACAGCGAAUAAUCAGCAGUGACAUAUAUACAGCUCCUGCCUGCCAACGGGAAAGUGAAAGACUACUUUUUAAUUCUCAAGGCCAGCCACUCUGGCUUGAGCAUGUUCCUACAGCCUGUGCCCGGGUCGAUGCCCUGCGUUCCCAUGGUUAUCCAAAAGAGGCUCUCAGACUCACGGUGGCGAUUAUUAAUACUCUGCGGUUGCAGCAGCAGCGACAGCUGGAAAUCUACAAACAUCAGAAGAAAGAACUGUUGCAGAGAGGAACUACAACCAUCACAAAUCUGGAAGGCUGGGUAGGCCAUCCCCUGGAUCCCAUUGGCUGCCUAUUUCAAACUUUGACUGAGGCCUGCCGCCUGAGUGAUGAUGGCUAUCUGGAAGUGUCAGAUAUGAAUGAAAGCAGAAUCCCUGUGUAUCAGCAUGUGCCUGUGGCCGCAGGCUGCUCAAACAGCAGUGAGUCCUACCUAUCACUGGCUUUGGAAGUUGCUCUGAUGGGCAUGGGUCAACAGAGGGUGAUGCCUGAAGGCCUCUACGCACAGGACAAGGUGUGCCGUAAUGAGGAACAGCUCCUGAGUCAACUCCAGGAGCUGCAGCUGGAUGAUGAGCUAGUGCAAACACUGCGGAAACAGUGCAUCUUACUGCUGGAAGGAGGCCCCUUUAGUGGUCUGGGAGAAGUCAUUCACCGAGAGAGUGUUCCCAUGCAUACCUUUGCCAAGUAUUUGUUCUCAGCGUUGCUGCCUCAUGACCCAGACCUAUCCUACAAAUUAGCCUUACGUGCCAUGAGGUUACCCGUUCUAGAAAACUCAGCUUCUACAGGCGACAGUUCCCACCCUCACCAUAUGGUGUCUGUGGUGCCCAGCCGCUAUCCUCGUUGGUUCACGCUUGGACACUUGGAAUCACAGCAGUGUGAACUGGCCUCCACCAUGUUGACUGCCGCUAAAGGGGACACUCUGCGGCUCCAAACAAUUCUGGAAGCAAUACAGAAGCACAUCCAUUCUUCCUCCCUCAUCUUUAAACUGGCCCAAGAUGCAUUCAAGAUUGCUACUCCCACGGACAGCAGUACCGACAGCACCUUGCUCAAUGUGGCUCUGGAGCUGGGAUUACAGGUAAUGCGAAUGACCUUAUCAACCCUUAACUGGAGGCGCCGGGAGAUGGUGCGAUGGCUGGUGACCUGUGCUACAGAAGUGGGUGUGCGGGCGCUGGUGAGCAUCUUGCAGAGCUGGUACACACUCUUCACUCCCACUGAGGCUACUAGUAUUGUAGCUGCCACAGCCGUAUCCCACACUACUAUCCUGCGCCUCAGUCUGGACUACCCACAGCGGGAGGAACUGGCUAGCUGUGCUCGCACACUGGCCCUGCAGUGUGCUAUGAAGGAUCCACAGAGCUGUGCCCUGUCAGCCCUCACACUCUGUGAGAAAGACCACAUCGCCUUCGAGGCAGCCUACCAGAUAGCCAUUGAUGCUGCCGCUGGUGGCAUGACCCAUUCACAGCUGUUCACUAUCGCCCGCUACAUGGAGCUCCGUGGCUACCCGCUACGUGCCUUCAAGCUGGCCUCCCUAGCCAUGAGCCAUCUUAACCUGGCCUACAACCAGGACACUCACCCAGCCAUCAAUGAUGUGCUCUGGGCAUGUGCUCUUAGCCACUCUCUGGGCAAGAACGAGCUGGCAGCCCUUAUCCCCCUGGUGGUCAAGAGCGUGCACUGUGCCACAGUGCUUUCAGACAUCCUGAGGCGCUGCACAGUGACUGCACCUGGCCUGGCUGGCAUCCCAGGCCGCCGCAGCUCUGGAAAGCUCAUGUCCACUGACAAAGCCCCACUGCGCCAGCUGCUGGAUGCCACGAUCAACGCCUACAUCAACACCACACACUCACGUCUGACGCACAUCAGCCCUCGCCACUACGGAGAGUUCAUCGAGUUUCUGAGCAAAGCUCGGGAGACCUUCCUGCUGCCCCAGGAUGGCCACCUACAGUUCGCCCAGUUCAUUGACAACCUCAAACAGAUCUACAAAGGCAAGAAGAAGCUGAUGCUGUUGGUACGAGAGCGCUUCGGCUAAGAAAGCAAGCAGUUCACUGCCAAGGCAGCCUGGGCUCCCAGGUCCCAUCAGGUCAGGUCAAGGACACUGAAAUAUUUGUCUACCCUGAGAGGACGCUGGGUACAUGUGGCUGAGGCCAAAGGACCACAGGGCUAGAGCUGAGGAGAGUUCAACUUUACCGAUACGCCUGCCUUGGCAAACUUCUCAUCACGCCCACUGUUCCUGGAGCAGCCAGGCCCUGCAGGUCGAUCAGAAACCCCACAACAUGCCACCUCAUGCCCCUGUAUCCUGCGUGUCCUGGGCUUUGGCCCUUUCUCCCUUGGCAAACACAGAACAUUGUUCCGUCUCAGGGAUUGCUUAACCAGAGAAACAGAAGCAUUUAUGGUACUGUAAAUACUAUAGUAUAUGUGUUGCCCGUUAUUGUAAAGUUGUAACUAUUUAUAAUUCUGAUUCUGAUUUGGUGGGCACUUGAAGUAGCUGUGGGUAGGAGGAUAGGCUUGUUUUCUGAGGAGAUUCACGACCAAUUCACUACCAUUUCUCAGGUUUCCCUUGCAGAGUGUAUGCUGUUGGCAGUGGGAAAGCAGAGAUGGCAGGGAGAAAUGGCCAGUUAGGAUAAAUCCCAGGUCUAGUCCACGCAGAAAAUCCAGCCUGCAGUUGGGGCAUAGAGAGCCUUGUGGUGGGUGAGGGGCACAGGCCAGGAACAGAUGUAGACUUUCGCCUCUGAAGAUGCAAGUACAUUGAAGCUUCUGCUCCUGCCUCACACAGCCUCUCCAAGAGCCUGCUGAGCACCUGAGAACUGAGUAUGGGGGAAGACGGAAGGUCUGGGAGCCACUGAGCUCAUAAUGUUCAUCUACUCUGGUCAUCUUUGUUUGUGUUAAGUGUCAGGUUUCAUCUGUGUGUGUGUGUGUGUGUGUGUGUGUGUGUGUGUGUGUGCGCGCGUGCGCACCUGUAUGACUUAGUACAUGCAUCUGUGUGCAUAGAUAUAUCUGUGCAUACCUAGCUGUAUAUGUGCACAUAUAUAUUUAUGCGUACCUAUGUCAGUCCCGCCUCUCUGUACAUGAGUGAAACAUGUGCUGGACUGUAGGUUUCUGUGUGUGGGUACAUAUGUUGACAUAUGUGAGAUUGCGUAUCUGUGUGUAAGUACACUCAUGUUUGUCUAUCCAUGUUUAGUGUGUAUGUGUACCUGGGCACACAUGAGUGCAUUGUAUAAAUAUGUGUCUGUGUGUACUCCUGCUAUCCAUAGACCUGUGUGUUUAUAUGUGUAACCGAGUAUAUUUCUACAUGUAGGUGUGUCCAUAUAUUGGUGUCUGUGGAUCUGCACGAGUGCAUCCCUUCUUUUGGCCAGAUCUUUUUUCUGCAUUUCUUAGUUUCUCUCACUGGCCAUUCAUUUCCCGUCUCUGAGCCGCCUCUACUCACCAUUCUCUCACCAAACAAGCUUCUAAGCACCAGUCUCCCUCUGGCCUAAGAUUGGCUGCUUCAGCUACACAGUUCUCUUCUUGCCCCAUACUUGCUUUCUUCCCCUGCCUUUCUACCUCAAGCUGCUUCUGCCUGCUUGUCAGUCCCAGUGGUUGCCGAUUUGGAGGCUGGGGCCAGUGUGUGUUGGCUGUCAUGUUCCUAAUCUCUAGCCCUAGUGGGCAGCCCUGUCUUAGCCCUGGCUGCACUAGUGUACCAUGCUCCUGAUCACUACCUUCCUGACCACUGUGCUCAGCCUGGAAUCCUCAUGGGAGGGAGUAAGGGCAUUCAGAAGACUGUCAGAUACCAGUGUCUUGGUGUUUACCAUUUCAUGUCUUAGUUCUCGAGUUAGGAGUGGGAUUUGAUAGGGAAGAAGUGGAAUAGCUAGUGUGAACUAAGGACCUGUCUGCAUUACUUUAUUUUCCUUUAUUUGGCAAACUGUUUAUGUCAAG